GUGAUUCACUUAGGGAAAGAUGGAAACAGAAGUCUUGGUGGAGUGGGAAGGAGGAUCAUUCUUUUCUCUCGGUAUCUCCUCUGAGCUAUUGUGAAAUGAUGGUGAUGAAAAUCUGGAUUCUGGAUUGUGCAAAGGAGGGCAAAACCCUUGGAACGUUCUUGGCGUGCUUUCUCGGGAGUUUCUUGGGAACAGCCAGCCCUCUUCUGAAGCUGUGUUGGUGGUCUGAGAGGCUCUGACAGGGGGUCCUGUGGACUCUGGGGAGGCUGGGGGACAGUGCUGUAGGUGAGGAAGGUGUGAGAAUCACACAGGAAACUCCCUGUUCUUCUGGGGCCAGCAGCACACCCACUUCCACACCCCUCCCUGAGUUAACUCAGCCCACAGAUGCUCCUGGGAAGAGAGCCAGGCCCAGCCUAGCUUCUGAAGAGUGGACUCAGUCCUUCUGUGUGCCAGAGCCAGGUGAAGUAAAGCCGAACCCCAGAGCCUGGUACAGGUUAAUACCCCGGAAAUGACUGCAGUAGUGGACCCUCGCCACCUCUCUGAAGACUGCAAAGUGGCCCAUCCUCAGGACCCUCACCACUCAUCAGAGAAACCUGCCAUUCACUGCCAUAAAUGUGGGGAGCCAUGCAAGGGCGAAGUACUCCGGGUCCAGACCAAGCAUUUCCAUAUCAAAUGUUUCACCUGCAAAGUGUGCGGCUGCGACCUGGCCCAAGGCGGCUUCUUCAUAAAGAACGGGGACUAUUUGUGCACCCUGGACUACCAGAGGAUGUAUGGGACACGGUGCCACGGCUGUGGGGAGUUCGUGGAGGGCGAGGUGGUCACUGCCCUGGGCAAGACCUACCAUCCCAACUGCUUUGCCUGUACCAUCUGCAAGCGCCCGUUUCCACCCGGAGACCGAGUCACAUUCAAUGGGAGAGACUGUCUUUGUCAACUUUGUGCACAGCCGAUGUCUUCCAGCCCCAAAGAAGCCACCUGCUCAAGCAACUGCGCUGGCUGCGGAAGGGACAUCAAGAACGGGCAGGCACUGCUGGCCCUGGACAAGCAAUGGCAUUUGGGCUGCUUCAAGUGCAAGUCCUGCGGGAAGGUCCUUACCGGCGAGUACAUCAGCAAGGACGGCUCCCCAUACUGUGAAAAGGACUACCAGGGACUCUUUGGAGUGAAGUGUGAAGCCUGUCACCAGUUUAUCACAGGGAAAGUCCUAGAGGCAGGUGACAAACACUAUCACCCCAGCUGCGCACGAUGCAGCAGAUGCAACCAGAUGUUCACAGAAGGAGAAGAAAUGUAUCUUCAAGGUUCUACCGUGUGGCAUCCCGACUGUAAGCAGUCCACCAAGACAGAGGAGAAGCUGCGGCCACCAAAUAUUCAGCGUUCUUCAUCUGAUUUCUUUUAUCCCAAAAGUCUGAUUCGUCGCACAGGACGGUCCCCAGCUCUACAGCUGCUGGCACCACCUUGUCUGGUGAGCGUCAACAAAAACCCCAGACAGCCCACCAGGACCUCCUCUGAAAGUAUUUAUUCUAGACCCGGCUCCAGCAUCCCUGGCUCACCAGGCCAUACUAUCUAUGCAAAAGUAGACAAUGAAAUACUGGAUUACAAGGAUUUAGCAGCUAUUCCCAAGGUCAAGGCAAUUUAUGAUAUUGAGCGUCCAGACCUCAUUACCUAUGAGCCCUUCUACACUUCAGGCUAUGAGGACAAGCAGGAGAGACAGAGCCUUGGAGAGUCUCCAAGGACUUUGUCUCCUACUCCAUCCGCAGAAGGUUACCAGGAUGUUCGGGAUCGGAUGAUCCACCGGUCCACCAGCCAGGGCUCCAUCAACUCCCCUGUCUACAGCCGUCACAGUUACACUCCAACCACGUCCCGCUCACCACAGCAUUUCCACAGACCUGAAACUUUGUCUCCUGGUGUGCACAGGUGGUCCCCGCUGCGCACCAGCAGCCUCAGCUCCACCCACAGCGACUCCCGUCCCAACCCCCCCUUCAGACACCACUUCCUCCCCUAUGUCAAAGGCAAUGAGCCGUCCAGCGGCCGGAGCUCCCCUCUCCCUUACCGGCCCGACAACCGCCCUCUAACUCCAACUUACGCUCAGGCCCCUAAACAUUUCCAUGUUCCAGAUCAAGGGAUCAACAUUUACCGAAAACCUCCCAUCUACAAACAGCAUGCUGCCUUGGCAGCCCAGAGCAAGGCUUCAGAAGACAUCAUCAAGUUUUCCAAGUUCCCAGCGGCCCAGGCGCCAGAUCCCAGCGAGAUACCAAAGAUUGAGACGGACCACUGGCCUGGUCCCCCCUCUCUUGCCGCCGUAGGAACUGACAUGAGACGCAGAUCUAGUGGCAGAGAGGAAGAUGAGGAGGAGCUCCAGAGACGCCGGCAACUUCAGGAAGAGCAACUGAUGAAGCUCAACUCAGGCCUGGGGCAGUUGAUACUGAAGGAGGAGAUGGAGAAGGAGAACAGAGAAAGGGCGUCCCUGCUGGCCAGUCGCUAUGACUCUCCCCUGCACUCAGCCUCACAUGCUCCAUCAUCGAAAACUUCGUCUCUCCCUGGUUACGGCAAGAACGGCCUUCACCGGCCGGUUUCCACAGACUUUGCUCAGUACAACAGUUACGGAGAUGUCAGUGGCGGAGUUCGAGACUACCAGACCCUUCCAGAUGGCCACAUGCCAGCCAUGAGAAUGGACCGAGGCGUGUCCAUGCCCAACAUGUUGGAACCAAAGAUAUUUCCCUAUGAAAUGCUCAUGGUGACCAACAGAGGGCGCAACAAAAUCCUAAGAGAUGUGGAUAGAACCCGGCUGGAGCGUCACUUAGCGCCAGAAGUAUUUUGGGAAAUCUUUGGGAUGUCCAUACAGGAAUUUGACAAGUUACCUCUUUGGAGACGCAACGACAUGAAGAAAAAAGCUAAACUCUUCUAAGUCCCCCAAAUAAAUGACAAUCAGGAAAUGACUCUCAGUGGCGGUGGUGCCUAGAACCUUGUAUUAAGGCCCAGAAUCAUCAAUCAGAGGAUUUGUUUGCUACCAUCUCCCAGCAGCAACACUGAGGGCAAGUCUGACCUCAGCACCCAUGAGCCGCAUCCUGGGCCAAGCAACAGUCACACUUGCCGAGCAGUGACGGGGUAGAAAUGUCUAUGUUCCCAAACUCAGCAGUAAUGUCCACACGUACCUUGUCAUGUGACUAUGUCCACAGCAAGGGUCUUCUUUCUCCUUUUAUUUUCCCCUUUAACCGAUGUCUAACUUAGUGCUGUGUCUACCUGUAAGGGUCUGUAAGUGUCCUUAGGAAGCCACACAGGAAGAAAUGACUGGGAGUGUGAAUCUACUUAUCAUGUAGCACUGUGGCUGAGGAGGAGUUGGAGGCCAGCACUGAUGUGGAAGCAACAACUUGGCCUUUCCUUGGCAGCCUCCCUCUGCUCUGCCUGGGCUCUGCAGAAAUAGAACGCCCUCAGGGAACCGGGUAGUUCUGAGUGCGCGGCUGAGUACCAGCAAAAAUGAUUUGAAAGAGCUCCUCUUCUCUUCCUGUGUGCUGGGACCUGGCUGACCACCUGCUAGGGGGAAAAGUUAAAAGAAAAGGAAAAGGAAAUGAAGGAAGCCCGCCCUCCCUGAGCGUCUUUUCUCCUGUACAUCGACAGGAGCCGGUGUGUUUAUCUUUGCAGAGGAAAGGCAAAAUGAGUUUCCAGACUGGUCCGGCUGCUGCUGGGUGACUUGUGCCCAUGAGUCAUGUCUCUCUUAGAGAAGGAAAAUCUGUGCCCUACUACCGUCACAAGUUCUCCCCCUCAGUGUCCCCUGCUGUCUGUCUGUCUGUCUGUCAUCUGAUGGGUCAGGUCAAGCCCUGGCUGAUACACUGUUUUAAGGGCAUGGCCUAAUUUUUCUCCUUCAGAUCUCUGCAACCUGAAGUAGAUUGCUUCAGAUGGGUUUCAUUCAUGUGGCCUGGUUUAAGUUUCCUUCUUGCCCCAGCACAACUGACAUGUCGACGUGUGCUCAUGCCUGUGUGUAAUUCACCCAGGGAAGUCCUGUGCGUCUCUAUGUGCGUCUUUGUGACCUCUGCUUGAAUGUUUCCUACACUGUCCUGUGGCUCUGGAGAGGGCUUUACACAAGAGCAUGUGACCCGGAGAUCAAGAGUGAGGCUGCCUCCGGAGGCUGCGCAGAGACCAGCACGCUCGAUGAGCUGCAGAGACUCACGCUGCAGACCACGGAAGUGAGGCCAGGGCAGUUUAGGGCUCAGAGCAUCUGUCUCCCUGGACUCCUUUCACACUCUACAGCUCUCAGUGCAAACUGGAACCCAGUUCUUUCAUUAAAAUGUGUGAACAAGGCCACAUCGUAAGGACUGGUGUGAGCUAGAUUAUGACGAAUCUCUCCAGAUUCACAGGAAAGAGGUCAGGUCAUAUUGAUUCUUCUGCUGUGGGGCUCUUGGGAAUUUAAGCUCUGAGUUAAAGCCAAGGGAGAAAGCAUUUGAAUUCAUUCGUAAUCACCACUCAGCACAAAAUGCAGAAAUUCCUUCGAGGAUUAGAGUGACUGGCUGUGUGCUGACAUCAGUAAAGAACAAGCCACAUGGACUCGGAGCCCAUGCUACAGACCUGUGACUUGUGACCUGUUCCUGCGGGUUAUGCUGCUACACUCUUGCAAGGCAGUUAAGUAUGAGAACUUCCCUCACAAGCCCGCAUGUAUAGACCUGUUAGUGCAGUUAGCAAGAGAGCCAUAUGGCCAGUACUGUGCACCCUGAGUAGACGGGUCCACUCCUCUUGGUUGGGAGGCAGGUUGCAAAUGGUGGGUUCUGAGGGCAGGUCUCUCACUUUUUGCCAUGUUUUCAUUGUUUUGCUCUCGAUGCCCUCUCCAGCACUGGUUGACUCAACACAAGGCUUGUGUCACCUGGUUCUCAUGUUCCCCCUGGAGUGUGCGGGAUGGAGAGUAGGGUGCCUCCAUAUUUCCCUGCCACAGAGAGCCAAGGUGGCCUGAUGGGAAACACUGUUUAGCCAGCAUGGAGAUGACAAAUGGCCCAUUUGCACUGGUUAAGAUGUUACUACUCACAAUCAUGCAGGUGAGAAAAACCAAAGCAUUCAGGAGACAGAGGCAUCAGCAGAGGAAGAUGCUGAUAUUUUGCACCUGCUCUCCAUAAAGUUCAUGUGGCUCUGUCUUGACAUAGGAAAAUUCAGCUGAAAGAGGCGUGCAGGGCAGGGACAGUCCUCCUCUCUAUGUUACAGAGAACUUUGAGUAAGUUAGAGGACCUGCCUAGGAUUGCAAUGAUGACUGAAAAAUUGAUCUUAAAUUCUUGCAAUAACAAAAUCCUGCUUUCUUGACCAUUUGAACUCAGUUCCCCAUCUAAGUCAGGGGAAAAGUUUUGCAUUCUCUAUCAGCAUACUAGUUCAUUUAAAUUGUGUCAUGUAAAAAUGUCUUGCUAGAAAACACCCAUAGGAACCCCACCCGCCCUGGGAAAGGAGUGUUGGAAAGUGUCAUAUUGGGGUCUCACUCCAUCCCCUUGUAGAUUCCAACCAGACCUAAUGUUUGGGCUGUGGUGCCCUAUCUGUGGUAUUAAAGGGAUCCAUGUGAUUCCCCUGGGCAUGCCCAGACCACAACACUGGAGAGGAGUGGCGUUCACUUUACUCCAACCCUGCUGGACACAGGAAAUUUCCAGUUGCUAAACAUCAAAGCAGCUUGUUCACUUAGGGAGAAUUCAGUGUAUGGCAGACUUGGUGCGUGCGGACAUUAAGGGCUAUACUUCUUAGCGUUUGACUGACUUGUGACUUGAAGUGUGUACAGAAUGCAUGGCCAUAUGGUAGCCUCAGUCAGUGCUUCCUUCCAAACUUCUUCUCUAAGAGAGUCCAGACUCUCGUGUUGUCUUCCUGUGCAACUUAUUAGAGAUACAAAAAGCCUUUGAAAACAGCUAGCUCUGCAUUUUCAUACUGUGUGGAGUUUGUUAUGAAAUAUUUUUAAUACGACUCCUUCAAUAACUAAACAUGAACUGCCUGUUCUCUGAAACCCCAAAGAGAAAAGCUGCAGCUGGUGGGUACUACGGUGCAAAAAAAAAGGGGAGAUAGUUUUCUAUCUGUCCUGACCUCUGUUCCCCCCAAGUCCUGAUCUGUUGCCUCCAGCCUGAGCCUUCCCUCCCGAGGCACAGCCCCACCCAUCAUUUCCGUCCGUCUGUCCACUGUCAGUCGCCACCAGCGAGGAGAGGCUCAGCUGAUGAUGUUUCUAAAACAGACUUCUUUACUUUGAAGCAAACAUCUUUUUCUAAAGAUAGCUUCGCCAAUGAUGCUGUCAGAUGAUGCUUUUGCAAGUUUAAAAGAAUUCAAACUAUCCUCUUUUGAGUCUUUGUUAAAAAAGAAAAAAAAAUCUCAAGCAAACCUAGAGUGGCACUCCAGGGCAUGCUGCAGGAAGCUGGCCCGGCUCCAGGCUGUGUGCCCCAAGAACCCUGGCUCUGAAAAGAUUGCUGAUAACUAUUUCUUCUCUACUUUGUGUGCCCUUCUCAAUUUUGAGUUACAUUUUUCCUUCUUUAGACAAACCAAGGCUUUGUAUGCUUCAGAUUCACUCUUUUGUGCCCCUUUGAAGAACUCUCUAUCCAGAAGCAGAGGGUCAGGGCUGUGGAUUUGCAGCAGUGUGUCUCCGGUUGGCACUGUGUGGGGAGGAAUACCCACCUCUCCCGGAACAGGAGAACAAGCAAGCCUGCAGCAUUUACGAGAUCGCUGCUCCAUUUUCUCCCCGUGGAACAGAGGGACACGGUGACAAUUAGAUUGCUUUCACUUGUGUGUGUGUUUAACGUUGUAGCAAAUUCACAAAGAAAGGGACAAGUGGCUGUUUGAGUUGAAGCUUUCUAAGCAGCGAAUGUGUGCACAAUAAAGUUCAACAAAGCCAACUUUCCCCCCUGGGAGCUUAAUGCAGGUGAAUGGCAGUUACCUUUAAAUAAAAUGCUUUUCUGUGUCUCUUCCGAGUGGCAGUCCCAUGAGUCACUUUCCAUGGGUGAAAGAUAGAAAGAGACAAGCCUAUAUGCAUUGACAUUCAGAAAGGUUAUGAUUAUACAUGGAAAUAGUUUACCUGUGGAAGAGGAGACAGUUGCCCACAGAACUGAUGUUUUGGGGAGUUCUCUGUAUAGAUUGUGUCUGGUGGUAAAUGUGGGGGUUUCCAUGAGAUGCCAAAGACUCUGCAUCGAAUCUCUUCUAGUUUGGUUAAUGGGGUUACUUUGACCUGCUGAAAGGCCUACCCACUCUUCCUUCCUUCCUCCCUCCCCUUGUGGUGAUACGAAAGCAAAUGUUGAGAAGUUUUGAGAAGCUGUGCUGUGUUCCCUGUGGACUCGAGCUGGUGUGUGCCAGCGCCCGGGCACCUGGUGCUCAGGUGCAGCCCCUGUCCCUGCACCCUGAUGUGGGCAGCACACACCCCCUCCUUCACCACUGUACUCAACUCUGUGAAUAAAGCUAUGUGCUUCCGCCCUGAC